AAGGAAAGGAAAACCUGCCACGCAAACAUUCUAUUUCGCCAGGUUCCAGCGGCCAUCGCCCGUUUUUCCAUCAGCAGCGUGAGCAACCGCCAGUCCGCCACCGAGAUGGAGCCGGAAGUUAUGGAAGCAGAGUUAGUGUUGCCAACUCGAAUGAAAUUCAAGAGGAUUCAAAUGGCCGACAAGUACCCCAAAGGUCAAGCCAGAGGCAGGCACUGGAAACAUCUCAAGCAGAUUAUCCAAGCUGAGAAUUACCAAAAUUACCCUCCAAAUGAACCCACUUACGUUAAUAUUGAAUCUCCCCCUUCUAUGCAUCCUUGCAAAAAGAUAUGCGAUAUAACAGGGUUUGAGGCUCCUUAUUUUGAUCCCAGAACCAACCUCCGUUACGCGAAUACAGAGGUCUUCAAGAUGAUAAGAUCACUUCCUAAUGAUUAUGUUCAGAGAUACCUUACUCUUAGAAAUGCUGCAAUAGUCUUGAAAUAGUUUUUUUUUGCCAAACUCAUCCAUAACUUGUCUUAGUUAUAUGUUUUACUUUUUGCCACUUUUAGUCCUCCGACUAAUACUCAUGGUAUUUGACUUUUAGUUUAACCACUUCUUGUCCUUCA